AUGGCCAAAGAGGCGAACAUUGUGAUGCUUGGUGCAAGUUUGAUCAUGAUUCUCCUUCUUACAGUUGGUUUGCUUUAUGCUUCAUUGACCAUAAGCCCCUUUGAGACAUGGAAGUACAAACUGUCCAAUUGGGAUGAUAGAAGCGUUGGAGGGGAAGAAUCUCUGAGACUUCUCUUCAGAAGACUAGUUAGAGGGAAAGAUCGAGUUCAGCUAGACACCACCGGGUUAUCUUGCCACUUUGAUCUUCACUUUGAACAGUGUUUGGCUAAUAAACCAGUCAUCAUUGACAAGAAUGCAUCAACAGUUUAUAUACCUUCUUAUGAAGCCAAAUCUGAAUACAAGCUUAAGCCAUAUGCAAGAAAAGAGGAUGAGACUGCAAUGAAGCUUGUCACACCGGUACGAAUACUACAUGGUAACAUUUCUCCACCAUCCUGCGAUUUUAUCCACCAAGUUCCGGCAGUGAUCUUCUCCUCAGGUGGCUUUACAGGAAACGUAUUUCAUGAGUUGAAUGAGAUCAUCAUCCCCUUGUUCCUCACCUGCUACCACUUUCAAUCCCGCGUUCAAUUUGUCAUAACUGACUUUAAGCCUUGGUGGGUGGAAAAGUACAGUCGAGUUUUAUCCCAGUUGUCGAGCCAUGAUGUUCUAAAUCCGGUUGACAAUGGUAGUGUUCACUGCUUUCCAGGAGCUAUAUUGGGGCUCAGAUAUCAUGAUAACUUAGCUCUGAACUAUACAGAAAUUCCAGGAGGGUACUCCAUGCUUGAUUUCAAGCAAUUCCUAAGAGAGUCAUUUAUGCUGAAAAUGAAGCAUGUCUCCGAGAUGAAUAGGCAAGAGCCGGUGCUAAUGCUUCUAUCUCGUCGCGGAACAAGGGAGUUUCUGAAUGAAGAUAAAAUGGUGGAAAUGAUGGAAGCAUUAGGCUUUCAAGUCAUUGCUGCAACGCCUAAUCAGACUUUAAAUUUGGACACAUUUUCCGGGUUGGUGAACUCGUGCAGUGUCAUUGUUGGAGCUCAUGGGGCUGGCCUUACAAAUGCAGUGUUCUUGCCAAGCAAGGCAGUGACAGUGCAAGUAGUACCUCUGGGGUUAGAUUGGGCUUCGGCUGCCUAUUAUGGUGAAACGGUAGCAGGUGGAUUGGGGUUGGAAUACUUGGAGUACAAGAUUAGAGCAGAGGAAAGUUCACUUGUUGAUGUCUAUGGUCCGGAUCACCCAGUCAUUACUGAUCCCAUGUCUAUAUUCGCCAAGGGCUAUGAGGCUGCCAGGGCUGUUUACGUUGAUGGCCAGAAUAUGAAGAUCAACUUGGUCAGGUUCAGGAAAACCCUUGUUGAAGCCAUGAAACUUCUCGGACAGUACUCUACUCCUGAAAAUUGA